GAGCUGCACCGGACCUGGUAGAUUUGGUUGAGGAGGAUGUGCAAGAGUCUCGGGGGGAUGAGAACAUGGAGCAUGAGCUACUUCAUGAGCUGAUCCCAGAUUCGGCAAGUGAGAUUUUCGAGCGGGAAGAUCGGGAAUUUGCAGAGGAAGAGGCCAUCAAGCGAGAGUUGUUUGCUGAGAUUCAGAUGAUACGUGAGAGUCAAGACGAGGAUGACCGUGAAGAAGAAGAGUGGCAAGUGGACGAGGAGGAGUUCGUCGAAGAAGCAACAGCAGCUGUGGAAGAGUUGGCGCAAGAAAUGCAGGCUUCACAGGCUCAUCCUCGGGCCGAGUCCAGCGUCAGCGUCCGCAAGCUGCUCCCCAAGACAAAGCGGAAGCCAACCCCUCCAUCAGAGCCACCAAGUUGGUACCGCCAGGAGGGCUUUGCCGAAGAGGAAACCACAUCGGACGCAGUCCAAGGUUCCCGAAGGGGCAAUCGCAGGAUGGUUGGAAGCCAAGGAAAGGAAGCUCGCAAGCAGAAACGAAAAGCGGAAUACUGGCAGUCGCCGCCUCCCUCGGCCUCGGGACGGAAGAGUUCCAACAAGAGGCAGGUUAUGAUGAAGGGCGAUGACCCUGGUGACGGCGAUUUGGACUGGCGUGGAUCGGAUUGGUGGGAAGGAAGGGAAGAGUGGAGCGACGAUGGCCGACAUCGCAGGGUUGAUGCUACUCGCGAAUGGUCCUGGAAGGAAGGAGCUUGGUCCAGAUCUUCCAGCUCCAACAGAGGCUGGAGCUGGAAGCGCAGCUGA